UGUCUGCUAACGACCAGUUUCUGCCUUAAGUAUAAAUCGUCGUUAUUACAAUGAAAACAGAAGCGAAAAUGGAUUAAACAUUCAUAUAAAAUGCGACAAACAUACACAUUCAUAUAAAAUGCGACAAACAGCAACAGAUGUUCGCUGUGAACCUCCCUUCUCAGCAGUAGUGGCAAGCUAGCAAGAUGCUAAUGAAAACCGACUGAUGCUAUGCUAGCUGACAGGAUUAGAAACGCCAUUUAUGAGGUGUAACGUCACAUACCGGUUUCUUAGAAAUGCUACACGUCGGUGCCGCCUUGGAGAAGCGCUUGGAUAAACGACAGGAGGGAUCUUUUAGCUGCUGGUUAGCUCAUGGCUAAGUUUCCCCCCCAAGCUAGCUCAGGUUGUGUUAGCACUUAGCAGUGAUGUGACAGACAGUAGGCUAGGCUGGGCUGGGCUGGGCUGAUCUCGGCUCGGCUCCAUUCGGAUCCACUCGGCUUCUCUCGGCUGUACUCGUAAAAGCCUCCGCCCUGCCACCUUGGAGUUAAAACUCCAAAGCUAACUCAUUAAUACCUUCAUGUAACACUUUUUCUUACACUUUAGGAUACAUAUGCCUGGCUCCAACUGUGUUAUACGUUUGUUAGUAAAUAACAAAUGAAUGCGCACCCAUAAUUGAUUAAUUGGCUCACUCCCUUUAAAAGGGGAAGGGGAAGGGCUGGCAGGAGGAAACGCCAGCGAAAAAGACCUUCACAGGGCAGAGCACGUGAUGAGCUCCAUUAUACCAGAGCUGCAUUUAAAGUAUGCAGCAAAGACUUGGAAUGAGACUUUUCAGCUGGUCAGAAGAUGCAUGGACAAACCCAGAAAUGACUCCAAACCCUGCGAGCUGCUUGUUCGGUCCCUGGAAAGGCUGCAAGAAUUUGACACUCCUGCCCUACAGUAUAUCGUAGGCAUAAGAGUGAAAGGGGCUGAAGUUGUUUCUGUUUCAGUGUCCUCUGUGAAUACCAUGCGGUCUCGUUUGGAGUUGAUGGCCAAACAACACGGGAUGGGCUUCCACUUUACUGAGGCGACCUGCUACCUGACGGCUGACCUGUUCUACCUGGAGGUGGCGCUGCUGCCGUGUGGCAGGGUGGAAGAGGUCAAGGUGGCACCACAUGGGGGAUCCCCUGUUAGUAGUGAGGCCCUCCUUCAGCUGCUGAGGUCAAAACAUUUGGCAGAGUUCUCUGCAAAAUUGAAGGACCUCGUCACCCAGUACAACAUCCCUGGAGACAAUGAUGUCAAAUUCAAACUAUUUGCUGCUCUGCAACACCUAGCGAAAGACUUGCAAGAACUGUGCCAUUUGCCAAGGUUACCAAGCAAUGAGACCUGCUGCCAGAUGGAUCCGGUUAAUGAGAGCUUGCUGGGGAGCUUAACAGCUGGAAAAGAAGAUUGCCCUUUGACCCUCCAGUUCUACUCUGCCCCUAUUGGUGACGUGGCUGCAAACGUGGAAGCAGCCAUGCAGGUAGCCCAGGUAGCUGUGUGCCCGAGUCAUGUGACCCACAAGCUUCAGAUGGCUUCAGUCCUUCAGCUGCCUCUACAACUGGACACCCAAGGCUACCCUGUCUUCACCCCCUUGAGUGAUGUCCCACAUGAGGCAUUUCCUGCCUGCUUUGUGCUCAAACUGCAGCCAGUCAUACCCCUGAUGAUGCCUUUUGUUCACAAGAUAAGCAGAAUUACAGAAGUUGCUAUGCCAGAUAUUGACCUGCAGUGGGCGCCAUUUCCCCAUCUUCUGACGGGCAGCAAUGAGCGGGACCACAUUUUCACUGUGCGUCUUCCUUGUGAGGCCGUCCACACAUAUGUUUUUCCUGGAGAGGCGUGGGACUCUCCUGUCCAAAGAGGGACUGUGAUGGACAGCAUUCCCUUCACCCAUCCCGUCCACAUCCCGAGCCUGGUGGAAGUGCUGCGCCAUCAGUGUGUUAUUAACAAUUUGUUGCGGAGCAGCACAUCCAAAGGUCCCGCUUCAGCUUGUGAGCAACAUUUCGAGGUCCGCCAAGAGGCAGACGCCAGCUUCUCCGUGACCUUCCGUCGACCCGACGCGGACUCUCUUGCAGUUUUGCUGGUGAACAUACCCGAUUCUCACCAAAUUCAGUGCAGAGUAUUUCGAGCAGGGAUGGUGGAGUCCUCCCUGGAUGAGCAUGUGUCUGGUGUCAUGAAGAGGUGCAUGUCCAUCCCUCUGACCCUGCAAGCCUUGUACAAAGAGAUGGAAGAUGCUGCGGCGCCUCCUGUCUCAACCCCUGCAGUGGCUGAAAACGAGCCUUCAACUACCCCGUGCUUAAUUCCGGAAGACUUGCCCUCCAGCUCUGCAUCCGAGUGCCCCAAGAUAAACUCAAGUCCCGCCGCCGCCGCCAGUCUUCACCCCGCUGCGCCUGUGGGUGCUUCUUCACACCGUUUGACCAACAACAGCCAGCUGUCUGACCUUGUCUAGUCUUAUUACAAAACCUACACUUUGGAACGAAUAAAUACUGUCGCUGAA